UUUCUUUCUUCCACGUUUUCUACACUAUUUUGUAUUUUUUUUUUUUGGGAAAUUAAAGGGUACAAUAAUCAUUGUUUCUCUUUGCUCCUCCCUCAUUCUCUGAAGAAACUUUCUUCUUGGAGUCGGAGAUGGGCGAGGAUAAGGGGAUUACCCUCGAGGAGAUCAAGAACGAAACUGUUGAUCUUGAGCGAAUUCCUGUAGAGGAAGUGUUUGCGCAGCUGAAAUGCACGAAGGAAGGUCUCUCUUCAGAGGAGGGAGCCAACAGGCUCCAAAUCUUUGGACCCAACAAACUCGAAGAGAAAAAGGAAAGCAAAAUCCUAAAGUUUCUAGGGUUUAUGUGGAACCCUCUGUCAUGGGUCAUGGAGAUGGCUGCAAUCAUGGCCAUUGCCUUGGCCAAUGGUGGAGGCAAGGCUCCAGAUUGGCAAGAUUUUGUGGGUAUUAUCGUGCUUCUUGUUGUGAACUCAACCAUCUCUUUUAUUGAAGAGAAUAAUGCUGGUAAUGCUGCUGCUGCUCUCAUGGCCGGGCUUGCUCCCAAAACUAAGGUGCUUAGAGAUGGGCGGUGGAGUGAGGAGGAUGCAGCGAUCUUAGUUCCUGGAGACAUCAUCAGUGUAAAGUUGGGAGACAUCAUCCCUGCUGAUGCCCGGCUUCUUGAAGGAGACCCGUUAAAGAUUGACCAAUCUGCCCUCACUGGGGAGUCCCUUCCUGUGACCAAGAACCCAGGUGAUGAGAUUUUCUCUGGUUCCACCUGCAAGCAGGGUGAGAUCGAGGCAGUUGUUAUUGCCACCGGGGUCCACACUUUCUUCGGAAAGGCAGCUCAUUUGGUUGAUAGCACUAACCAAGUUGGCCACUUCCAGAAAGUUCUCACCGCCAUCGGUAAUUUCUGCAUCUGCUCCAUUGCUGUUGGAAUUGCUGUGGAAAUCAUCGUCAUGUACCCAAUUCAGAAGAGAAAGUAUAGGGAUGGCAUUGACAACCUAUUAGUGCUCUUGAUUGGUGGUAUUCCGAUUGCUAUGCCCACUGUUCUAUCUGUCACAAUGGCUAUUGGUUCCCACCGAUUAUCUCAACAAGGAGCAAUUACUAAGAGAAUGACUGCAAUAGAGGAGAUGGCUGGAAUGGAUGUACUAUGUAGUGAUAAGACAGGAACACUGACCCUUAAUAAACUCAGCAUUGAUAACAAUCUUAUCGAGGUGUUUGCCAAAAAUGUAGAGAAAGAUUAUGUUAUGCUUUUGGCUGCUAGAGCAUCAAGGACAGAGAAUCAGGACGCUAUUGAUGCUGCCAUGGUCGGAAUGCUUGCAGACCCUAAAGAGGCAAGAGCUGGUAUCACUGAAGUCCACUUUCUCCCAUUCAACCCAGUCGAUAAAAGAACUGCUCUAACUUACAUUGAUGCUGAUGGCAAGUGGCACCGUGUAAGUAAAGGUGCUCCAGAACAGAUAAUAAACCUUUGCAACUGCAAGGAGGAUGUUAGGCAUAAGGUUCACAGUGUGAUUGAUAAAUUUGCUGAACGUGGGCUUCGGUCACUGGCUGUUGCAAGACAAGAAGUUCCUGAGAGGACCAAAGAGAGCCCCGGGGGUCCAUGGCAAUUGGUUGGGCUUUUGCCUCUAUUUGAUCCUCCAAGGCAUGACAGUGCUGAAACUAUCCGCAGGGCUCUCAAUCUUGGUGUUAAUGUCAAGAUGAUUACUGGUGAUCAGCUUGCUAUUGCCAAGGAGACUGGUAGAAGGCUUGGAAUGGGGACAAACAUGUAUCCGUCCUCUUCCUUGCUUGGACAAAACAAGGAUGCGUCGAUAGCUGCACUUCCUGUUGAUGAAUUGAUCGAGAAGGCUGAUGGGUUUGCAGGAGUUUUUCCAGAACACAAGUAUGAAAUCGUGAAGAAGUUGCAAGAGAAGAAGCAUAUUUGUGGAAUGACAGGAGAUGGUGUGAAUGAUGCCCCAGCUUUAAAGAAGGCUGAUAUUGGCAUCGCAGUUGCUGAUGCUACUGAUGCUGCUAGAGGUGCUUCUGAUAUUGUUCUCACUGAACCUGGUCUAAGUGUGAUUAUAAGUGCUGUUCUUACUAGUAGAGCUAUUUUCCAGAGAAUGAAGAAUUACACCAUUUAUGCCGUCUCAAUUACCAUCCGUAUUGUGCUAGGAUUCAUGCUUAUUGCACUGAUAUGGAAAUUUGAUUUCUCCCCUUUCAUGGUUUUGAUCAUUGUCAUCCUUAAUGAUGGUACAAUCAUGACUAUUUCAAAGGAUCGAGUGAAGCCAUCUCCAUUACCCGACAGUUGGAAGCUCAAGGAAAUUUUUGCUACAGGUGUAGUCCUUGGCAGUUAUUUGGCAUUGAUGACUGUCAUCUUCUUCUGGGCUAUGAAGGAGACCGACUUCUUCUCUGACAAAUUCAGUGUGAGAUCAUUGAGGCACAGGGAAGACGAAAUGAUGUCUGCUUUAUACCUGCAAGUCAGUAUUGUGAGCCAAGCUCUCAUAUUUGUGACUCGAUCUCGCAGCUGGUUCUUUGUUGAGCGCCCUGGGCUUCUCUUGGUCAGUGCCUUCAUCGUGGCUCAGCUUGUGGCAACUCUCAUAGCAGUCUAUGCCGACUGGGGCUUUGCAAGAAUCAAAGGCAUCGGUUGGGGCUGGGCCGGAGUUAUCUGGCUUUACAGCAUCGUAUUCUUUUUCCCCCUAGAUUGGUUUAAAUUUGCCAUCCGAUACAUUCUUAGCGGAAAGGCUUGGAAUAACCUCUUCGAACAGAAGACUGCAUUCACUACCAAGAAGGAUUAUGGAAGAGAAGAAAGGGAAGCCCAAUGGGCUACAGCCCAGAGAACUCUUCAUGGGCUUCAGCCUGCUGAGACAACCAAGCGCACGGCUGAGAAGAGCAGCUACUAUGAGCUCUCAGAGAUUGCCGAGCAGGCCAAGAGAAGAGCAGAGAUUGCAAGGCUGAGGGAACUGCACACAUUGAAGGGCCAUGUGGAAUCAGUGGUGAAGCUAAAGGGUCUCGACAUCGAAACCAUUCAGCAACAUUACACAGUAUAACACGCGAGAAGUAGCUUAAUGCAUCAAAAAAUUAAGAGAAAUGGAUGACUCCUAUGUGUUUUUUAUGUAGGAUUAAGCGUUCUGAGCGUGCGUUUCAGCAGUUCUUCGUAUCUGCUUCUUAUCUUUCAAAUUUUCCUUUACUGUGUGUUUUUGCCCCUUUUGUAUUUUUUAACUUUUUGUUUUAUUUAGUUUUAUAAUUUAGAGAGAGCUGUGAGUACGGCCUCCUUUGUUUUUGCACCGCAGAUGUAAAAAGGGGAAUAACGCAAAAGUUGUGUUCACUCCAAACUCUUCGUGCUACAUGAAGUUAGCUUGUUAUUGCCUCCAAA